AUGCCAGUUAUUGCCAGUUUCCGCAGAAAGCUUUCGCGAACCAAGUCGGCACCUGACCCCGUCGAAGUCGUGGCAGAAGAUCAGGACAAUUUGCAGCCAUGGCCCAGCAAAGCGUUGUCCUUGACACCCUCCGACGAACAGCUCGUGGCUAAGCUAGCUUUCUCUCCGGAAACGGCCAUUAUCGAACGAGCGCCUCGCCAACAGACCCCCUCGGUGGGGACCAGAUGGUCCGAGCGGACAGUCUUCAACAAUGUCGAGUCGGGCUUUCUUGCACUGCCCACGGAGCUCCUGAUGUUCCUUCAGCUGUACUUGAACCCCAGUAGCGAGGUCGCCCUCCGUCAUACUUGCUCGAGGUUCUUUCAUCUUUACAGCACGCCAUCAUUUGUCUUGACUGGGAAAGAGCUGUUUGAUUUCCUGUGCAUGACUGAACGAGAUCAGGACCCGACUGAACUGGAUAAGCUGGUGUGCGGCAAGUGUCAGAUGCUCCAUCUCCGGUCGACUUUCCCUACGUCAGAGAUCAAACGGGAAUCUACUUUGCGAGAUUGUAGACAGGUCUGGCUAUGUCCGCAUCGUCACCUUGGUUACCAGAAGACGAUCCGCAACAUCAAGGCCGGGGUGGAAUCGCCAUUCCGAGUUGAAACACUAGAGCCAUGUUCGAGGUGCAGAAACUCUAUUCGCAACAGGUCUGUUGCCGACCGACCGGAAAAAGGCACCUCAGUAAUGGACCUAGAGAACCCCAAGGCCGAGUCUCUUUUAAUUUCCAAAGUCGCCCUCCUCCAAGCACCAUCGCCUCUGUAUAACACAAGAACAAGCGGUGGUAGUGGCAUGUACAAAGAAGUGUUCCAGGUCAAGGAUGUUUCCAGUGCUCUGCAAGGGCUCGACUUCCGACUUUGCCCUCAUUUGAAGCUCGGUGAUCCCUACAUCCUCAGCAAGUUCUGCAGAGCAUGCAUUAAUACCCAACGCCUCCCACCAGGAGUCAAGGGCCCACCUUGUAUCAAUGAGUCAAAGCGAGAGUUUGGAGACAGCCGGGCUGGCGCGAAGUGUAAGGGGACCUGCUUUACUCGAGGCUGCAAAACACAGUUUAUGUUUCAAGCUCGCGAAAGUCUUUCACCCGAUGCCUCUGGGAGACGACAAGUCUGGCUCAUUAUUGUUGUGUAUCGCUGGCUCGGCCCGCUGUUGAGUGCUGGUCGGGACACGACCUGGACUGGUCACACCAUCGACCAUCAAGAACGGAAGGAGAUGCGCGUAAAAUGGGCCGAGUGGGAAAAGGCGACUCGAUCUGGAAGACAAUGCAUGCCGAAUUGGAGUAUUUGCCUCCUCCACCCGGAAGAUUCGAAUUUGCGCUGA